AUGGGAAACAAUAACAGCAGAACAACCAAUGCCAUUCAAUCCAACCGAGUUGUUCGCCCUGGACUCUUCCAUGACUUGGAAAAGCUUGCUCAUGCGACUGAUUUCCUGAUGAAGAGGAGCUGUAGUAGUGCAAUGGAUACUCCGAUGCUCGCAAAUUCGAAUGAUUUCGUCCUAAAGAGAAGCUGUAGUAGUGCGAUGGAUGCUCCAAUGCUCGACAUUGCGAAGCGGAGCUGUAGCAGUGUGACGGAUGCUCCUCCUUCGAAAAGGCUUCGUCGUUCCAAGCGCAGACGCAAAGUUCAUUUCAACGAAAGCGUCCGAGUCUGCUUUAUCCAGCACCACUCUUCCUACAGCAAAGAAGAGCACAGGGCAAUGUGGCGCUCCAGCUUUGAGAUCGGUCUCCAUGCCAAGCGAAACAGUGUCGAGAGGUACUAUGAAGGCAAGAACUGGCGGAACGCCCCAGAAGAAUCCGACAUGUUGUUCGAUAUUCUGCUUGGAAUCCGUUACCAUCCCUGCUGGACUACCCCCCGCAAACCUUAUCAUGGUGGAGUGAUGCUCUAUGGACAUAAUUACAAACUGGCCUCGCACAAUCAUCGAUUCUUUCACCAUGUUCGCACAUGUGGAAUGUUGGCCUUUUUUGAGUACUAA